AUGCCGCGCGCGGACCGUCUUGCGAUGGAAGCUGCACAGAGCUCUCCUGGACCCUCCACUGGGCAUAUGGCUUCCGGGAGCUCCCUGGAAGACGGCGAGGUUGUGUCAGGCUCAUACCGCUCGGGACGGUCGUCGAGAGCGAGAACGCCGCCGGAAGACGGCGAACCGGUUCCGCGCAAGUCUGAACCUAGGCGUUUCUCUGGAGACGACGCUCUCGGCGAACGAACUUCACGGGGAAACGCGUCGCGCGACCGCGUGCGCGUCAAGAGCGAAGAGAGCGGGGUCGCGGCACCACCGGUUAUGGAGAGGGACUCGUCCAGUGGGAGGAGACGCCGCACGGCUACCAUUGACGUCUUUGGGAACAAGCUCGAUCCAUCUCCGGCGCAUACAGCCAGUCCCCCGACCCCCUCUCCGUCAAAGCAGGUCGCAAACAAGCCCACUCAAGCCGUCCCUUCGUCCUCCUCUUCUAGUUUCGGUUCUAGUACCAUCUCUAUUGAUCCACUCUCGCGACCCUCGUCCACUCUCGCGGGCUCCUCCGGCCUGUCUCUUAUCAACGCACUCCCCGAGGAAACAGUCAAUUCGACCAAGUUCUCUCGCGAAGUAAUUGAUUCUUGCCGCGACAUCAUGGCCAAGCUCAUCGCAAGCACCUCAAAGAACAAUACCCCCGAAAGCGCCCGCUCACUGCUGUCAGACGAUAAAAUGGUCGACUUCAUCCGGCUCGCAAGAACGAUCCGCGCUCAGGUUGCUCCCAAGCGAUCUCUUGAAGACGACUCUAUGCAACCUCGACCGCUCAAGUCGCCGAGGUCGGACCCGCUCGCUAAGACCGAGGAAACGCCUGCUCGUACCUCUGCGACCAGUAGGUCGAGCACGAGGUUCGGACCGGCACUACAAACUCCUGCUUCUGAGUCUCGGCUUCAAGAGCAUGCGACGGUGCUUCCUGCGGACCUGCCUCCUGGAGCCUCGACAGCCUCCGCCCCAGAAGUCGUUAUGGAGAGUGCCAAUAUCUCUAAUGUGGAUCACCCGCAAUCGUCAUCCUUCACUGUAGAGCAACCUGUGGAAAUAAAAACUGCUCCAGCUAGACGCAGAACGAGAAGCCUCAGUCCCACCGUACCCACGUCGUACCUCCAACAACCGUCGUCUACAUCGACCCUGGUCGAUCUCGGCAAGGGAGCGUGGACCCCUCAAUCGCAGUUGUCGCCGUCAUCUACGAUGAUGCACGAUGCUACUCACCUUGAAGAUGCAGAAAUGAAGAACACCGAGGCCACCCGAAUUCCAGACGUCGUACCCGACGAUCCAUCAACCCCCCGCGAACUGGAUCCUGCCCCGUUUGGAGAUGAGCCCCCGUGUUCUCCGUGUCCGGUCCCCGGUAUCUGGGCGGAGUUCAGGGGUUGUAAAGCAAGCUUAAGAGGUGGUCACAGCGGGAAGAGUCAUUCGAGUUAG